AUGGUGCUCCUGUCAGGUUUCCGCGGCACGCUGCCUCUGGUGCUUGCAUAUACCUACGUUCAACAUGCUCAGGCCCUAGGCAUCUUCGGUGGCGCCAAGCAGAUGCAACUGGCUGAGAUGGCUGAGAGGGGCUUGUUUCCUGACGGUACCCCUGUCACUGUCGAUCUCCCAGCGGACAUCCAGGUCUCGAGGCUCCACACUGCAGCCAACAACACCACCGAAGUCAUUAAUCCAGAGUUUGUCACGCUGCCCCUGGACCACUUUGGCCCUGACGCCGGCACCUUUGAAAACCGCUUCUGGGUGGCCGAAUCGGGCUACAGGGGCGCCGGCCACCCGGUCUUCAUCUACGACGCGGGCGAGGCCAACGCUGAGCCGAACGCCCUCUUCCGGCUGCAGAAUGAGACUUCCUUCUUCAAGCAGAUCGUCGACUCCUUCGGGGGCAUCGGCAUCGUCUGGGAGCACCGCUACUACGGCGAGUCCACUCCGGUCAACAUCAGCCUGGACACGGCCCCGGAAGACUUCGUCUACCUGACGACCGAGCAGGCGCUGGCCGACAUCCCCGCCUUCGCCGCCAACUUCACGCGCGCCAACUUCCCGGACGUCGACUUCGGGCCCUCGUCCACGCCGUGGAUCUUCAUCGGCGGCUCGUACCCCGGCAUGCGCGCCGCCUUCCUGCGCGACCGCUACCCGGACACCAUCUUCGCCUCGUUCGCGUCGUCGGCCCCGGUGCAGGCGCAAAACGACAUGUCCGUCUACUUCGAGCCCGUGUACCGCGGCCUCAACCGCUACGGCUUCGGCAACUGCUCCAAGGACAUCCACGCCGCCAUCGAGUACAUGGACGACCUGAUGGAAGACCCCGCCGCCGCCGCCGCGCUCAAGACGCGCUUCCUCGGCCGCAACGCCGACAAGAACUCCAACGCCGGCUUCGGCGACGCCCUCAACACCAUCAUCUGGUACUGGCAGUCCUACGGCGUCGAAGGCAACCUGCGCCCCUUUUGCGACUACAUCGAAACGGACCACUCCACCAACGCCACCAACGCCACCGCCAUCUACAACGGCACCAUCGCCGGCGCCGAUGGCUGGGCGCCGUCCCGCGGCCCCGAAUACGUCGUCGAGCAAUGGGCGUCCUACCCGGCCUUCGCCGCCGUCGCCAGCUACUUCCUCGACACCGACUGCGAAGGGCCCACCACACCCUCCAACACCACCACCACCACCGCUCCCGAAUGCGACCUCGAAAAGCGCUUCGCCGACCCGGCCACCAUCAGCUGGACGUGGCAAUACUGCACCGAAUGGGGGUUCCUGCAAUCCGCCAACCUGGGCCCCGACCAAAUCGUCUCCCGCUGGAACAGCCUGCAGCACCAAUCCGACAUCUGCCGGCGGCAGUUCCCGACCGCGAACGCCUCGCUCAUCCCGCAAUGGCCGCGCGCCGACGCGACCAACGCCGCGCUCGGCGGCUGGGCCAUCCGGCCCUCCAACGUGUACUGGUCCGGCGGCGAGUUCGACCCGUGGCGCACGCUGAGCCCGCUGUCGGCCGAGCCGUGGGCGCCCGCCGUGCGGUUGACGCAGACGCCGCCGGCGUGCGGGGAGAAGCCGGCGGAGGAUGAGAUUUUUGGGUACGUCAUGCCCGACGCGCAGCACUGUUACGAUUUCCGCACGACGUUUGCGGGGGGCGCGGCGAGCAGGGAGAUUUUUACGGGUGCGUUGGCGGGGUGGUUGAAGUGUUUUUGA